AGGGGAAACAAGUUAGGUUGAAAAUACUGUAUCCCUAAAAACUGGAAACAUCUGCUUUUUUUUAAAGCCUGCGAAGAGUGGGAUGGUAAGUGUAGUAGGUGGUUAUGUGCGCCGCAUGGAUUGUUCACUGAAGCAAUCAAAGGGAACCUAAUCCGUUCUCCCCAGAGCGCGCAUUCCUGUUUCCAAGGCGCACAUCUAUUCUCUCUGACACUAGGGUCUUCUGAAAACCGGUGGUGGACUUUACACACUACUUGAAUUAACUUCACUAACUUCUUCAAGGUCCAGACUCGGCAGCCAGAACCAUCUGAGUCUACUGUCAUUAUAUGUGUAUCAAUCAUGGCGAAAUUAUUAUCUGAAUCUUCAGCCCACUUUUGAUUUGAUCAAAGUCACACGUUUAUGCAGCAUCGUAGUCAUAAUUAAUGUUAAAACCGUUUAAUAGUUAAUGUUAAAACCUUUUAAUAGUGGAUUUUGCUUUGAUGUUAUUACACUACAAUAAGCAGUCAGAAGCGCUCUAGGGUCCAUUCCUACGAAACGAAACUCCGCAGCGGAGUUUCCAUAUAACGAGACUCGGGACAGAAUUUCGGAGAGUGGUCGUCAGAUAUCAAAUACUUUGGAGAGUGGUGGUCAGGCUUCUGAUUAUACUGCCAACUCCGCUCAAAUGAAACAGGGGGAAUCGUAUGGAUUCGUGUUGAUUUAAAAGACAGGGGGAUCAAACCUACUAAUAUUAAAGUGCUGAAUCUACUGAACAAGUCAAAGGGGACUGACCCAUGAACAUAAAACCAUGCACGCGUCACUGGUAAUGUUCAUAUGUGCCCUGGCAUAUGCCACUGCCCGGGAGCCAGACCACGCCCACGGCUGUACCCAUGGCAGCUGUUACCCGGCAACAGGAGACCUGUUGGUGGGCCGUGAGAAGAGCCUGAAGGCAUCAUCUACAUGCGGCUCCAGGAAGAAAGACCCCUACUGCAUCGUCAGUCACUUACAGGAUGAGAAGAAAUGUUUCCAGUGUGACUCUCGCCGCCCAUAUGAUCCUGUCUACAACACCAUCAGUCACCGCAUUGAGAACGUCAUCACCACGUUCAAACCACACCGCAAGAAGUCAUGGUGGCAGUCGGAGAAUGGAAAGCCUGAUGUCUUCAUUCAGCUGGACCUUGAGGCAGAAUUCCAUUUUACUCAUCUUAUCAUGAUCUUCAAGACAUUUCGCCCAGCAGCCAUGGUGAUUGAGCGAUCGGCAGAUUUUGGACGUAACUGGCAGGUGUACCGCUACUUUGCCUACGACUGUGCCUCGGUCUUCCCCGGGGUAUCUAAGGGACCCCUACGCAAAGUAGACGACGUCAUCUGUGAGUCGCGCUACUCUGACAUCGAGCCGUCCACAGAGGGAGAGGCAAUCUACAGAGUUCUGGACCCUGCCAUCCACAUUGAGGACCCCUACAGCCCCAACAUUCAGAACCAGCUGAAGAUCACUAACCUGCGUGUGAACUUCACCAAGCUGCACACUCUGGGAGAUAACCUGCUGGACUCCCGCGUGGAGAUCAAGGAGAAGUACUACUAUGCCAUGUACGAGCUGGUCGUCCGUGGCAACUGCUUCUGCUAUGGCCACGCCUCCGAGUGUGCCCCCAUCGAUGGGAUCAAGGAUGAGGAGGGCAUGGUCCAUGGGAGGUGUGUCUGCAAGCACAACACGAAGGGUCUGAAUUGUGAGCUGUGUGAUGACUUCCAUAGUGACAUGCCCUGGAGACCGGCUGAGGGACGCAACACCAACGCCUGCAAGAAAUGCAACUGUAACGGCCACUCCAACCACUGUCACUUUGACAUGGCGGUUUACUUGGCCACGGGCAAUGCCGGCGGUGGCGUCUGUGACCACUGUCUCCACAACACCAUGGGACGCAACUGUGAGAUGUGUAAACCAUUUUACUACAAGGACCUCAGUAGGGACAUCAGAGACCCCGGGGUCUGUACUGCCUGUGACUGUGAUCCUGAUGGUUCCCUGAAUGGGGGCAUCUGUGACGGGCAUGACGAGCCAUCCCUGGGCAUGAUCGCUGGGCAGUGCCGCUGUAAGGACCACGUGGAAGGGCAUCGCUGUGACAAAUGCAAGUCUGGCUUCUUUGGCCUGAGUGCAGCAAACCCCCGCGGCUGCCAACCCUGCCAGUGUGACCCCAGGGGUACUGUGUCAGAGAGCCCAAAAUGUGACCCUGUGAGCGGGGACUGCUUCUGCAAGCGACUGGUCACCGGACGCAGCUGUGACCUGUGUCUGCCAGAACACUGGGCACUGAGUCAUGACAUGAAUGGCUGCAGAGACUGUGACUGUGAUGUGGGCGGAGCCACAGAUAACCACUGCUCUAUGGAGAAUGGCCAGUGCCGCUGUCGUAGUCAUAUGAUGGGCCGUCAAUGUACCCAGGUGGAGUCUGGGUGGUACUUCAUGGCUCUGGACCACUAUACCUAUGAGGCUGAGCUGGCCAUAUUGGGACAGGGCUGCAGUGUGGAACAGAGGGAGCACCAGCCUGGGCGCCCUGCCACCUGGACUGGCACUGGGUUUGCCAAGGUCCCAGAGGGCAGCAGCCUGGAGUUCUCCAUCAACAACAUCCCCUACUCCAUGGAGUACGACCUCCUCAUCCGCUAUGAGCCACAGAUGCCACGGGACUGGGGGGAGGUCCGUGUGACGAUCAUUCGGCCAGGGCCCAUUCCCACCAGCAGCCCUUGUGGAAACACCAUCCCUGCAGAUGACAUGCUCACUGUGUCCCUGCCUGCAGGAUCCAGGUUUGUCGUGCUGCCUCCACCUGUAUGCAUGGAGAGAGGAGUGAGCUACACCCUUCGCUUUGAGUUCAGUCGCUAUCUGGAUGGGAACAGUAUUCUCAUUCUUGGUACAACCGCUGCCAACAUUUUAGUGGACUCUAUCUCCCUGAUCCCUCGUUACUCCUCCCUGGAGAUGUUCAUUGGGGGUGACCCCGCCUCCAUUGCUAGGAAGCAGAGCUACGAGCGCUACCGCUGCCACGAGGGGGCCAAGAGCGUGACACGCCCCCAGAUCAGCAACGUCUGUGCCAAACUCAUCACCAGCAUGUCAGCCAUCAUUAACCAUGGAGCCCUGCCUUGCCUGUGUGACCCCCAGGGCUCAGUCAGCUCAGUGUGUGACACGCACGGAGGUCAGUGUCGCUGUAGGCCAAACGUGAUUGGACUUCGCUGUGACCAGUGUGCUCCUGGGACGUACGGCUUUGGACCUGCAGGAUGUAACGCAUGUGAGUGCAAUCUGGAAGGUGCGGUCACUCGGUCCUGUGACCAGUUGACUGGGCAGUGCCGGUGCCGCCCGGGUGCGUUCGGCCAGCGGUGCGAUGGCUGCCAGGCAGGACACUGGGGCUUCCCCAACUGUAAGCGAUGCCUGUGUAAUGGACAUGCUGAGGAGUGCCACCAGAGGACCGGAGCCUGUCUCAACUGCAGGGACAACACUGGAGGGGACAAAUGUGACAGGUGUGCCAACGGUUACUACGGCAACCCAGUGUUGGGCACAGGUAUGGGUAACCAAUGUUGGGCCUGCCCUUGCCCAGAUGGCCCAAACAGCGGACGCCACUUCGCUGCCUCCUGUUACCAGGACAACCGCAACAGACAGGUGGUCUGCAACUGUAACCAAGGAUACACAGGGGGGAUGGUUAAGCGCUCCGAGGGUUCUUUCAAGCGUUCCCGGUGUGAGGAGUGCGCCCCUGGUUACUACGGUAACCCCUCCCAGCCAGGUGGGCGGUGCCAGCCGUGCAGGUGCAGUAAUAACAUUGACAUGUCAGAUCUGGAUGCGUGUGACCGGCGGACAGGAGAGUGUAAGAAGUGUCUCUACAACACAGAGGGACCGGACUGUGGCGUGUGCAAGAGCGGUUACUAUGGAGACGCCUCGCGACGCAACUGCAGAAAGUGCACCUGUAGCUUCCUGGGCACAGAGCAUACCCAGUGUACAGCGCGGGAUGAGUGUGUCUGCCAGCGUGCCACGGGGCAGUGCCAGUGUUUACCCAACACCAUCGGCCUGACAUGUGACCACUGUAAGCCCAACUACUGGAACCUGGCUAGUGGGCGGGGCUGUGAGGCCUGCGGCUGUGACCCCAACAAUGCUGUCAACUCGGCCUGCAACGAGUUCACUGGAAAGUGUCAGUGUCGUGAUGGAUUCGGUGGAAAGACCUGCACAGACUGCCAAGAGAACUACUGGGGAGACCCCAGGAUCCAGUGCAGAGUCUGUGACUGUGACCCCAGGGGCAUAGAGACAUCCCAGUGUGACCAGAAGUCAGGCCACUGUGUGUGUCAGCAGGGGGUGUCAGGCGUGCGUUGUGACCAGUGUGCGAGGGGCUUCUCAGGCCAGUUCCCUAACUGCCAGCCCUGCCAUCAGUGCUUUGGGGACUGGGACCGGGUGGUGCAGGACCUGGCUGUCCGAACCAAGACCCUGUCAGAGCGGGCUCAAGAGAUCCAGACCACGGGCCUGACUGGAGCCUAUGAGAAGGCCUUCAGAGACCUGGAGAAGAAGCUGGCACAGGCCCAGGGCAUCGUCAACGCCCGCAACACCACCGCAGAGGCAGUCAGCAGCCUGAUGGAGCUCAUUGAAGACCUCAGGUCUCAGAUAGGUGAGACCACAGACACACUGAAUCGUCUGGAGGGAGACCUGACCAGUGUGCAGAACAGCAACGUUGAGGCCAGUAAUGAGCUCAGUGCUCUGGAGAGAGAGGCCAAACAGCUAAACUUAACCUCAGAUCAGCUCCACCGUCAACUGGACAUCCUCAAGAACUCCAACUUCCUGGGUGCAUAUGACAGCAUCCACAGCUCCUAUAACAAGUCCCGUGAUGCAGAGCGGCGAGCCAACCAGUCCACCACCACCACGCCCAGCACUGUUAGCCAAUCAGCAGACACACGCCGCAAGACAGAACGCCUCAUCUCUGCCAAGCAAGAUGACUUCAACCGUAAGAACGCUGCCAACAAGCGAGCCCUGGGGGACCUCAAUGCCAAGGCUCAGACCCUGGACAUGAAGAAGAUCAAUGAGAAGGUCUGUGGGACCCCUGGCGAUGCCCCCUGUGCAGAGAGCCUUUGCGGAGGAGCAGGUUGCCGUGACGAUGGGGGGAAUAGGCACUGCGGAGGCCUGAACUGCAACGGUGCCGUAGCAAUGGCAGAUAACGCCCUGGAGAGGUCCAAGCACGCAGAGAAAGAGCUGAACAAAGCCAUGGGGGAGGUAGAAGAGCUCUUCCACAAGGUUGCAGAUGCCAAGACCAAGGCAGAGGAGGCGAAGAGUAAAGCCCAGGCAGCUCUGGACAAGGCCACCAACACCAAGAACAAUGUGGAGCGCUCCAACAAUGACCUGAGGGACCUCAUCAAGCAGAUCCGGGACUUCCUCAUGCAGGAGGGUGCGGAUCCAGACAGCAUUGAGACGGUUGCCAACCGUGUCCUGGAGCUGUCCAUCCCAGCCUCACCACAGCAGAUCAGACACCUGGCAGAGGAGAUCAAGGACCGGGUCCGGAGCCUCUCCAACGUAGACGCCAUUCUGCAACAGACACAGGAUGAUGUGCGCAAAGCAGAGCAGCUGCUGCAGGAGGCCAAGAAGGCCAGGAAUCGGGCAGAGGGGGUGAAAUCCACAGCAGAGACAGUAAAACAGGCACUUGAGGAUGCUAAGAAGGCCCAGGCCACAGCAGAGAAGGCCAUACAGCGGGCUCGGGCUGACAUUGGGGAAACGGAAGCUCGACUAGCACAGAUUGAGUCUGAGACCUCCAGCAGUGAACAUGACUUGAAUGAUGCCAUGGACCGCAUGGGCAACCUAGGUCGGGAGAUUAAUGCUCUGAAGCUCAAACGUGCCCACAACAGCGUGGCAGCAGCUCGAGCUGAGGAGACAGCCACUAUGGCACGGGACAAAGCCAAUGAGGCUAAGCAGAUUUUAGAUGGCGAGCUGAUGGAUAAGUAUCACACAGUGCAGGAGUUGGUGGACACGAAAGCCAAGACUGUCCAGGAGGCGAAGAAGAAAGCAGAGCGCCUAAGAGACGAAGCCAAAGAGCUACUGAAGGACGCCCAGAACAAGCUCCAGAGACUAGCAGAGCUAGAGAAAGACUAUGAAGAGAACCAGAAAACGUUGGAGGGCAAAGCCCAGCAGCUGGACGGCCUAGAAGACAAGAUGAAGGCUAUCCUCAACGACAUCAACAAACAGAUCCAGAUCUACAACACCUGUCAGUAACAGCCAGGACCUGGCUGGUCAAACCAACACUGACAGACACUAUAUGAAACUACUCCUGUUUCACACCGCUGAGCCUGUACACUAUGCACCUCGCCCUGGAGGUGCCUGUCCGACUACACUGUGUAACCGUGCCUUUUUGAUUGUGAGAUUUCACACAACUAAUAUAACAUUGUGUGGCCACAUUGUGUAUUACUGUGUGACUUUCAACUGAAGGAUAGAAGUGCCUCCACGUGACAUUUCAAUUAAAAUGUGUUAAUGUGUGCAUGCAAAAUACAGACCUUUGCACAUGUUUGGCCCAAAACUCAGAUCACCCCCCAAAACCCUGACACAUUCAUAAUAUAAAGAAGCCCAAAAAAUGAUGUAUGAAUACAUUGUUCUGGAUAAACAAAAAAAUGGAAUAAAAGUUGUGUACCCUACCCACUGGAUGAAAGGUCACUUUGACAUAGUUUCUGAUAUCUCACCUGGAUCAAUGAUGGAUGAAUAUGCUCAUUAAAACCUACAUACAUUAAA